AUGGAAGAAUAUAGGAGAUGCUUGGAGAGGCAAGAGAGAGAAAGAAAGGAGAGAAACCGUAGAGCCGAUGAAAUCAAUGAGUUGCAGAGGCAAGUCGAUGAACAAGUUCUCAUAGCAGUGGCAAUGGAAGAGGAAGAGAACCAAGGUCGCCGCCAUGGUUCACAAGUCGGCCGUCGCCGGAAUGUGGACAGACAUAGGCAUUCUCGGGGUAAGAAUCUUUUGGAAGAUUAUUUUAUCCCAACUGUUUUGUACUCUGACAAGGCGACUCCGGAAUUUUUUCGCAAAAUUCGACAUGAAUUUUUUUCCACAUAUGGAAAAAUUUCAUCUCAUUGCCUGUCACGGGACAAUGACAAACUCGGAGCCAAGCCUCACACAAAGAAACAUCUUCCAUGGUGCUCCACGCCCCUCCGGUUUCAAUAG